AUGCAUCUCCUGCAGCAAAACCUACUAAAUUGAGUGGCAUAAUUAUUUAUUUGGGUAUGAUGAUGCUGCUUUUACUGCGCAAGUACUGUUGUGAUCUGUUGGAAUUUCAUUUGAAGAUCCUUAAUUUGCUUACGUUGGUCCUAAGUCAUGGGUGCUAGGUAGAUUGAGAACAGCAUGGAUGAGCAGCGAAGAAUAGUUGCUAUUUGCCAAUAUGGUGGUGAAUUUGUCAAUAACAAUGAUGGGUCUAUGACAUAUUCUGGUGGAGAAGCUCAUGCACUUGAAGUAGCUCAUGGCAUGAGCUUUGAUUCUUUUAAGUUUGAACUUAGUAGUGUGUUCAAUGUUGAUAUAAGUGGUAUGUCCAUCAAAUAUUUUCUCCCUGGCAACAAUAAAACACUCAUCACAGUGUCUAGCGACAAGGACUUAGCCCGGAUGAUUGAUUUUACUUCCAAUGUUUUGACUGCUGAGGUUUAUAUCAUAAACAAGGUCGAGAACAGGAUAACUGUAGCUGAUUCUGGAACCUCAAAUAUUGGCACAGCUGCAAAUGCGCAAGAUGGGAAACGAAAAAGGACAACUAAAGCCCGUGUGAAUGUUGUUCAACCCAAUAUUCCAAAUGCUAUACCUGGUGUGGCUGGAAAUAUUGCCAACAAUCUCCAAAAGCAGCCAAUCAUGACUGAAAAUGAUGACCACAGGAUAAAUGCUGACGGUUUUCUUAUUCCAAUUGUUUCGCCGACUGCUACUAUGGAUAAUUCCAGGCUAAGGAUCAUGAAUUGUGACAUUGUUGAUGAAAGGGCAACUGGCAACAUAUUGGUUGAUCCAAGUACACCUCUUUUUACAUCUCUAGUCGCUACUGAAGAUGUCAGACCUAUAAAUUCAGGCUCCCACUGGGACACGAUCAUAAGCGGAGUGGGACAGGAAUUUGAUAAUGCCAAGGACUUUCGAUCUCAAUUGUGUAAUUAUGCUAUUGGUAAAGGUUUUGCAUAUAAAUUUGUUAAGAAUGAAUCCAGUAGAGUGACUGUAAAAUGUGCUGAAGAAACUUGUCCAUGGCGUAUUCAUGCUUCAGAAACAUCAAGUAAGUUGAAGUUCAUCAUAAAAAAAAUGACUGAUGUUCAUACCUGCGAUGGAGGAAAUGGUCAGAGAAAGGCAACACGGCAGUGGCUCACCAAAAUUAUCAAGGAAAGGUUACAUUGCAGUCCGCAGUCAAAGCCCAAAGAUCUUGUAAGAGAGAUAUAUGAAGAUUUUGGUGUGAAUUUAACCUACUCUCAGGUUUGGCGAGGAAGAGAAGUAGCGCAGAAGGAGCUUUAUGAUUCUAUGAAAGAGACGUACAGCCAACUGCCUUGGUUUGCUGAAAGAAUAUUGGAAACCAACCCAGGCAGUGUUGCCUUGCUAUCUACUUCACUUGAUUCAAAGUUCCGUCGGUUUUUUGUGUCAUUUCAUGCUUCCCUUCAUGGCUUUGAGCAUGGUUGUCGGCCUCUCCUUUUUCUUGAUAGGAUUCCUUUGAAAGCAACCAAUCAACACAAGUUACUGGUUGCUGCGUCAGUUGAUGGAAAUGAUGCAGUCUUUCCUGUUGCCUUUGCUGUAGUAGAGGAUGAGCAUUAUGAUAGUUGGUUUUGGUUUCUAGUACAGUUGAAAUAUGCUGUAACUACCUCUCGAACAAUUACCUUUGUGUCAAACAGGCAGAAGGGUUUGGAUGAGGCCAUACCUCGAGUAUUUGAGGAUAAUUGCCAUCACAGUUAUUGUUUGCAUCACCUUUUAGAGGAAUUUAAAAAUGAACUGAGGAAGAGUCCAUGGUCUUCACAAGUGAAAGAUGCAAUGAUUGGAGAUUUUACCCGCGCUGCGCAAGCCUGCAGUAUCGAGGAUUUCAAUGCUUCUAUUGAGAGCAUAAGAAAUGUUUCACCAGAAGCUGCUGAGUGGGUUCUGGCUAGUAAACCAGAAAAUUGGUCUGAUGCCAUUUUCAAAGGUUUUAGAUAUGAUCAUUUCUCGUCAAACAUUGUUGAUUCAUUUAUUAAUUGGAUACCUGCAAAGAGAGAAUCAUCAGUGGUUCAUAUGUUUGAUGCAAUAAUAGGCAAGUUAGGAGAGAUUAUAGAAGAAAGGCGUGCAGCAUGCAAUACAUGGGCAGGCCCUUUAACACCAGUUAUGGAGCAAAAAUUGCAAAAGGAGAUGGUGAAGGCUCGAAAGCUAAAUGUAUUAUGCUCUUCCGACACUGUGUUUGAGGUUCGUGGCAAUUCUAUAUUUGUUGUCAACAUUGGAAGUUGGGAAUGCACUUGCAAGAGGUGGCAGAUUUCUGGUCUUCCUUGUCUACAUGCCAUUGCAGCCUUUAAUCGGGUUGAAAAAAAUGUUUACGACUAUUGUUUAAGAUAUUUCAGAAUCGAAUGCUACCAAUUGGCUUAUUCAGAAUCUAUCCAUGUGAUACCAAAUAUUGAAAGCAUAGAUUUCUUUUCUGGUGCAAGUUCAUACCCUCCUCCUACUCGUCGUCCACCAGGAAGGCCAAGGAGAAAGCGAUUUAAUCCCAACAAGAUUAACACUGCUCUUCGACUCUGCAGCAGGUGCAAAAUAGCAGGUCACAACAAGGCAACUUGUGAAGCCUUUCUCUAGACUUCAUGUAGACAUCAGUUUUUAUCUGUUCUCAAGCACAUCUGCAUUCUACCUUCUUCUCAAUGCCUCCAGAUGCGAUCAGCCUGUGUUCAUGCAGUUCGCCAACUCUGUAAGACUUUUUUAGGCUUCUUCAUUAGCUGCUUCCAAUUUCUCAAGCCCUGAUCUGCGCGAACAGCAUUCUGUUGAUACAUGUAUCAUGCUGUUUCAUUUUUGCAGGCAUUAUUAUUAUUAUUAUUAUUAUUUGUGUGUGUGUGUUUGAUCAAUGUCAUGUAUCAAGGGACACAAUGGUUUUGGUUGCUGCCUCUAGUAUGAUCAAUGGAUGUUUAUGUAGUCGAAUCUUUUUAUGGACAACUUUAGUACACUCAUUGCCUGUAUAUUACUUUGAAGUUCUGAUCAUGUGGCAUUGUCCUUUUUAGUGGUAAUUUUUAUAUAUGUAAUAAUUUUAAGGCAAAGGAAAAUACUCUAAUGUAAUAAAUUUGAAUUUGAAUUUUUA